GAAAUACGGACGUUGAUCGCUGUCUCUUGCCUUCUAACAUCCGAGUUGCAAAUGGAGAAAUCCAAUGCUGGGGUUUAUAAGAAGAACACGCUCAUCCCUAUCCUCCUUGCAACGCAGCUUCCCUCUACACGAACAUUGAGCCCUUAAAGAAUUGUUGGCCCAGCAUGACGCACGAAAACAACUACCACCAUGCACAAGCAUUUCACCGGGCGGGUUUCUCCCCGCCCAGCAACUUCAGCGGCUCGUUCAGCGCCAUGAUGAACGCGCAGCAACAACAGACAGCUGCGACAGCUGCGGCAGCCACUGCAACGGCACAAGCCUCAAGCGUCUUUGGCGGCUCGCCUAGUUCGCCGCCCGGUGCAAUGUACCAGCCGACCGCACCCCGCGCACGCGCAGUUUCCAUCCCAGGCUCCAGCAGAGCCCCAAGGUUGCUCACACCCUUUGCCAUUGGCGACAUCAAGAUCCUUCUGCUCGAGAACGUUAGUCAAGGCGCUGUGCAGAUGCUUAGAGAGCAAGGGUAUCAAGUAGACUUCCAUACCAAGGCUUGGAGCGAGGAAGAGCUCUGCAAGAAGAUUGGGGACUACAACGUCAUCGGCAUUCGAUCAAAAACAAAGCUCACCGCCAAAGUAUUCCGGAAUGCCAAUAAGCUGCUCGCGGUCGGCUGCUUCUGCAUCGGCACCAACCAAGUCGAUCUGAAUGCCGCUGCCAAGGCUGGUGUUGCUGUCUUCAACUCGCCCUUUGCCAACUCGCGCUCAGUAGCCGAGUUAGUGAUCGCCGAGGUCAUCUCGUUAUCGCGACAGUUGACCGACCGUGCGAUGGAAAUGCGCCUGGGCGAGUGGAACAAGGUGUCAAAAGGCUGCUUUGAAAUUCGAGGCAAGACGCUCGGAAUCGUGGGCUAUGGUCACAUUGGCUCACAGCUGUCAGUCCUUGCGGAGAGCAUGGGCAUGGCUGUCCUCUACUACGACGUGAUUCCGCUCAUGCCACUUGGCACAGCGCGACAGGUCGACACGCUAGAAGAACUGCUUGGCCGCUCUGAUUUCGUGUCACUUCACGUUCCGGAGUUGCCCGAAACGAAGAACAUGAUUUCUACGCAACAGAUUCAGGCGAUGAAGAAGGGCUCCUACUUGUUGAACAAUGCACGUGGCACAAUAGUCGACAUCCCUGCGCUCAUCGAAGGCUUGGAGUCCGGCCAUCUCGCUGGUGCGGCGGUUGACGUGUACCCGAAGGAGCCAGCAGGAAACGGCAAGGACCUUUUCACCGACUCUUUGAACCCUUGGGCCGAGGGUCUACGCAAGUGCAACAACGUCAUCCUGACGCCCCACAUUGGCGGCAGCACCGAGGAAGCACAGAAGAUGAUCGGCAUUGAGGUCGCCAGUGCUCUGACGCGCUACAUCAACAUUGGCUCCUCGGUCGGUGCUGUCAACUUCCCAGAGGUAGAUCUGCGUGCCAUCACCGAAGCCGAAACGCGCGUCAUCCGGAUCUGCUACGUCCACCAAAACCAGCCUGGUUCGCUCAAGGUUAUCAAUGAGAUUCUGGGGAGCCAUAACGUCGACAAGCAACACACAGACUCGAGCAAGGAUAUUGCGUACCUUAUGGCCGAUAUUUCGGAUGUCAGCGAGCAGGACAUGCAGGACAUCUACGACCGAGUGUCCAAGACUCCGGCAAAUAUUCUGACGCGCCUCUUGACAUAAAGGCUCCUUGCGUCUCCGCAAUGCCACUUCAACAAAUGGCAUAUGCGCCUGGCCCUGAUCAGGUGAGGCAUCGCAGACUGAUGCGAAUCAAGUAAAAAGACCGUUUCAGCAUGUUCCGGAGACCUUCAACUGUCUGUCUCCCCUUCUCGUUUGCAACCAUACCAUUUAUGUAACGUCGCGUCGCAUGGUACAGUAGAUUCUGUGAGAUUGGCCGCUGGCCGUUGUGUCAUGGGUAGUGGCGGGGUUGCCAAGCUGGGGACCGAAUGGCCGCCGCGCGAGGAUCUGGUCUGGACGAAUUUGGAGUUUAGAUGGCGCGUAGAAGGAGGCAAAAUGAUUUUCCAAUGACGAACCUUGCCCGUUAGCCAUUUGUUUGUAAACU